CAUGGAAACUAUGCAAGCCUUAUCGGAUCGUGGAGAACAGGGCCUCCAAAAGAAUCAGGUCCUACUAUUUCAACAAGAUACAAAUGAAGAGUUGAUGAAACUUUUUGAUGUCGUGAAGGACAUACAUUCUAAUCAAGAAAAUGCGUCUUGGAGAAAUAAAGUGCUACCAAAGUCUUUUUUUGAUCCCACGGCACAUAGACGCGAUGCCGAAUGUCAAGGCCACCACAGGCAAAAUUCUGCACCUGCCCUUCUUGACAGGUCCAGUUUAUCAAUAGCGCCACCUGUUCGCCACCAAAAACAGACUUCUUCGGUUAACGAAGAAACUUGGAACUUGAAGAACACGGCCGAAUCGAAUCAAUGGCAACCAACCCAUCAAAAAGCCAACAGCAGCCCUUCUCAACUUACCCCUCCAGCCGGAUACAUAGCUGCAUUACCUUUGGGUUGGGAGCAAGCUGUUACCCCGCAAGGUGAGGUCUACUUCAUAAAUCACAUGAAAAAGGAGACAUCUUGGUAUGAUCCAAGACUGCCGUCGACACUUCAAAAAAGUGGUAUGACGGAAGCGUUUCUUAAAGACCUGCAUAAGAAAGCAAUCGAAUCUCAGAGACAACAGUCUAUUGGAAAAGAGUUUAUCCGAAAGGAAAUCGAAAGAAUAAGUGUUCUUCGGCAACAGAUUCGUAAAAGAGACGAAGAGCUUGCCAAGGAACAUGAACAACUAUUACAGCAGUUGAAGAUAAGCGAACAUAGCAAUGAAACUCUGGUGCAUACCCGUCAAAACUCUGCUGAUUCUGGUCUUGGAGGGGUAUACAGUUUACCGAAACAAUCUCUCACCGAACAAACUGAGAUGGAUAGCAAAGACAUGACAGAAAUUGCGUCUAAUGAUGUGCUUGCAAUGGAACAUGAUGAUAUGAUACCGGCUGAACUAUUGAAUUUAUCAAAUGUGGAUGAUGUCGACAAAUCAACAUGGCUUUAA